AUGAAUUUACGAGAUGCUGAGACGGGGAAGGUGCUGUGGCAGGGCACGGAGGACCUGUCGGUGCCCGGGGUCGAGCACGAGGCCCGAGUCCCCAAGAAGAUCCUCAAGUGCAAAGCCGUGUCCAGAGAGCUCAACUUCUCGUCCUCGGAGAAGCUGGAGAAGUUCAGGCUGGAGCAGAAGGUCUUCUUCAAAGGACAGUGUUUGGAAGAGUGGUUCUUUGAGUUUGGCUUCGUCAUCCCCAACUCCACCAACACGUGGCAGUCUCUGAUUGAAGCGGCGCCCGAGGCCCAGAUGAUGCCCGCCAACGUCUUAACAGGGAACGUCAUCAUCGAGACCAAGUUCUUUGACGACGACCUCCACGUGAGCACGUCCAGAGUGCGCCUGUUCUACGUGUGA